AUGGGUCCCGCUCUUCAUUUUUCCAUUCACUCUCCCAUCCCGCGUUCCACUCUUUCUCCUACCUUGCUCUCCCUCGGACAGCUCGGUCCUCAGAAAGGUCGAUGGGCGAGGGAUCAACCGGAGCCUUAGUUCCGGCAGUGAAGUCGGAGCCAGCUGCAUCGUCAAUUUCAGAUUGUUCACUCACCGACUUCGACACCGUCGUGAGGCUCCGACUCAGCUGGAUAAGGACUUCCUCUGCCCGAUUUGCAUUCAGGUCAUUAGCGAUGCGAUCCUCACUGCUUGUGGCCAUAGCUUCUGCUAUAUGUGCAUCAUUUCAUCUCCAUAAGAAGAGCGAUUGCCCUUGCUGCUCACAGCAUCUCACCUCCGACCAGCUGUUUCCUAACUUCUCGCUUGAUAAGCUUAUCAUGAUACGAUUUUUCUGUACCACAUUGUGGAUACUGAAGAAGACUUCAGCCCAUCAAAUAGCAAAAACUUCCACCCCCAUUGAAUUCUUUCGUUGUGCUUUACAAGGGGUUAGUCAUCAAUGGUCAGUGCAUCUGAUUUGCAAGCUAAAAUGUCCUGGGAUUUUUGUAAGGAGGAAUAGGAAAUCUCCAGACAGCUGACUUCGCAUAAAUUUGGUUCACCUGCUGCAGGUGAUGUGGAGGAUGAUGCGGGAUCUAAUUUCAUCAGUGCUGUUUGCUGGAAGAGUGAUAGUCCUACUAUCCUCAGUGCCAACAGCCAGGGAACAAUUAAGUUUCAUGUUGAAAUUCUCAUCUCAUUGUCAACUUUUCCCUCCCAUUUCGCUUGUGGAAGAGAAAAAUUAGGUAUUCAAUAUUGGGAUUCAGCAGGAGCGGCAACUCAGGUAUGUCUCAGCCUGCUUUUGACUAGAGGCAAUAAAGUUUGUUGGAUGACCCAUCCUAGAUGUUUUUGGUUAAUUUUGGUCUAAAGUUUUGAGGACAAUAAAUAUCGAAUAUCCCUAUAGUACCAAAGACUAUGGUUUGAAGGUGACCUUUAUUAUGAUUAUUUUUUUUGUUUUUUUUUGUUUUUUUACCUUCAUGCUUAGUUGAGUACUGACUUCUUUGCUUUACUUGACCUAUUCAUUUCAAUUAUUGAUGCUUGCUUUAACUUCCUUGACCAACUGCCAACUGCCUGCCUUUUUACAUAACGAUGCUAAUCAUGCUUUGUCAGCAACUUCUUCUUUCAUGUCAUUUCAUACCUUAAUCCUUUUCAAUUUGAUCUCGUGAAAUCAGCAUUGUGGGCUUGGAUACUACUACGCAGGUUCAUAUUACCUGAACAACUCGGACUAUUCAAUAACCAUUAUAAGAGGUACGGAUUACAUCCACUUCUCCACACCGGAUUCCCUCCCUGUGCUGCCAAAAAGAAAAGAAUAUGAUAAUUGAUUAAUGAGCAAUGGAAAGGAAUAGAGGAAGAAAACAGAAAAGCUUUCUCUAUUGCGUGUGAAGAUUGUGAAGAAAAAUAAAGUAUGGGAAUAGGUAUGUGCAUUUGGCACAAGCGUAGGGGACGGGGUGCUUGGUAAAACAAUAUUCCUCAUAAAGAAAUAGAGGAACCGAGAGUCCGUCAAAUGCUCAAAAUUCAAACCUAUUCCUUCCCUUUUUAUGAGAGUCUUUAACAAGCUUUCAACAACAUUCAACCAAUAUGGGAGCUCAUCAUAUGAUUCGUAACUAUAUUGGGCACAAUUCUGUUACUUAUUCGUACACAUAGGACACGACUGAGCUUCAUUAUGGUAUACGGUUACACUAUUUUUCUCCAUGCCUUUUGACAUUACCAUAUAUUUCUGUUUAUUUAAAUUAUUUUUAUAUAA